AUGCCUUCCGUCGCGGGCCCAGUUCACGCCCACGCCUAUAUCCUGGCACCUCCGCACCAUGGCGAGCACGCGUCGGAAUUGUCGCCGCCGUCUUCGGGAGCUACAGCACCGAUUGAGACGGAGGACUACGUGUUCUGCGACCCGGCAGCCUCUCGCUACCUUGAGGACGAUCCCUUCGUAUCCGUCGUACAUCGGCAGCGCGAGCUCUACGGCUACGAAAUCUACCUCGUUGAACAGUGGGCCUGCUCGCGUAGUCACCCUACGUUCGUGAUCUGCACCUACACGGGCGACAGCUCCCACCGCAUCACCAUCUCCGUCCUGCGCAUCCCGAAGUACGAAAAGCUAUGGUCGCCGAAGCUGUCCAUCUACUUCGAAGCCGUGAACCUAUACGCUCGUCCCAAAGAAACGGAGUUGGGGACCAUGAUGGUUACGAACCUGUCAAGCUUCCCGUCCGCCCUGACGGUGGUACACGUGCCCGGGGGUGACGUCAAGUCGCACAGGCUUGAUUUCAUCGUCAACGAGGAUCUGAAGCGCAUGGGAUGUUCGGGCCGCAGCGCGCUGACGCUGACGAUGCCGACCGACGCAAGUCAGACAAAGUUUCACCAACUAUACCGGACGAGCGAUCGUCUUCACUUCUACACUGCUGUUGUCGAGCUCGUGCGAUUAUGCCAGCUUGCGUUGAUGGCAUUCGGAAAGCUCAAGCAAAACUCCAUGUAUGCCGAUGGUUUGCUCUGCGAUGUCACGGAGAAGGGGAUUAGGGAUUGGUGGGCUGAGUUCGGUACGGAGUUCUACAACGCAGAACCGAAUGAUGGAACACUGGGCCCUUCUACGGUUGCUGCAUUGCUCGGAAUGCUGCUGGGCGCGCGCAAUAGGCUGAGUCUCUACGGAGCACCGGUGCCGAAGGAUGCAUUCGAUCUUCCGGCACUCGAGAAGGCAGUCGCAUAUUUCCAGCGCCAGCAUCGUUUGGAACGGACUGGUUACAUUGACCGCAAUGUAAUAGAACGCCUACACAAUAGCACGACAAAGUCCGGGCCUAGUAGCGCCGACAUAUUUGCCGUUCCCAGAGCCAUCAAAUCGACAGUUGCAGAUCUCUCUGCGCGCGCAGUGGGCAGUUCCGGGUCGACUGAUGUCACGGCAGUCGAAACGAUGGAUGUCGAACGGUUCGUGCGCCAUAUCUCGGGGGAGAGCUGCAAGUUUCUCUGGCAGGGGAAGCCUCGCAAGACCGCAUCGUUUCCGUCCGGCGGCACACACUCCACCUCGCCCUCUCGAAGGAACAGCGUAGAUGGACGACCUACAGGAUCGUUGAGUGGUGAUGACGAACCGGUCACCGCCGCAUCCGGAAUGUUGCAGAAUUUCAGGAGUGGGACUCCAGAGCCUAGCGAAACACCGUCGGUCUCUAGUUUGAGUACACCUACGGGACAUCACCUUAUGAAUACAGGUUCUGGUAGCACCUUCGCUGCGACGGACACCACGAGAGAAGCAACAGUGUCUGACCUACGGAAGGCGGUUUUCAAGUCCGUCAGCGGUCGGAUGAAGGAUGUCGCAUCUGGCAUCAGUGCUGGAGCCGACAAAGUGCGAGGCCGUGGCCAUCAGAGAUCGCAAACGAAAGAAAUGUGUGCCGAGGAGGAAACGUCGGCGCCCGUUUCGCCCAUCAUCAAUCAUCACCAACAAAGCCGUCUUUUCCCUCCGCCGGCAAGUAGUGCGGGCUCCGUUAAGGGAGACGGAAGGGCUAGCACUGCACCACCUAGCCCCAGAGUGGCCAUGAAUGACGCGAAGGUACACCAGCUGGAGAGUUCUGCAACUGCCAAAACUGCAAGCCCGUCUGCAUCGCUCCUUAAUAUCGGUGGACCGUGGAACGAGGAUCCCUCGAUGGUGCUAUCAACUGCCGCCGGCGAUACCGCAAGAAGUUCUUCUAAUAAGCCCGCCCCGACGGAACGAGUCUCGUCUACAAUGGACCGGAAUAGGACGCGGAGCUGCACACGCCGGAAGUCAUUCAGCGAUUCACAAGGCCGGAAGCGACAUCAUGAAGCGUUCUAUUCGGGUCGGCUAUCGUUUUCGAUUGCAUCUGAAGCGGUUCUAAAUUGGGACCUACCCUUUUCUCCUCCCGAUCCCGAACUUCUUACGGAUCCCUUACACGUGGCCGGUACCGAUAUCGCCGAGUGGAGUGGACGACAAAUCUCGCGGCUGCAGCAUUCACUCAACACUCUGGAUGGGAACAUGCGACAUCUCAAUUCCAUGGUCGAGAACAAGUGUACGGUUGUGGGUGUCGCUGAGAGGGAAGGACGUUUGGGCAUCGACGCCGAACGGGAGAAGGUCCGUGAGAACAUUCGGGAGGCGGAGGUUCUGGGAGCACGGAUGAAGUACGAGAUGGAGGUGGUGCAGAGCAAAUUGCUGGACCUGGAAGAGUCGGUGGCCAAUCUUGCAAAGUUUGUGCACGAGAUCGAGGCCGAGGUCAAGAUCCUUGGGGACGAUGAUGGCGACGAGGGAAAGAGGGUGAAGAAGGGGUUGUUUGCGUGGAUUUUGGGGAGGUGA